AUGGAUCUAUCUUCUUCUCAACGACAAUCCCCAAAUGGUUCAAGGGGUUUUCGUCUUCAAGCUCCAUUGGUGGAUUCUGUAUCUUGUUAUUGUAGAGUAGAUUCAGGUCUUAAAACAGUUGUAGAAGCAAGAAAAUUUGUUCCUGGUUCAAAGCUUUGUAUUCAACCUGAUAUCAAUCCGAAUGCGCAUAGGCGUAAGAAUUCGAAGAGGGAAAGGACGAGGAUUCAACCGCCGCUUCUCCCUGGUCUACCGGACGAUCUAGCGGUUGCUUGUCUUAUCCGUGUCCCUCGAGCAGAACAUAGGAAGCUUAGGCUAGUGUGUAAGAGAUGGUAUAGGCUUGCUUCUGGGAACUUCUUUUACUCUCAAAGGAAGUUACUUGGAAUGUCGGAAGAAUGGGUUUACGUUUUUAAAAGAGACCGUGAUGGGAAGAUCUCGUGGAAUACGUUUGAUCCGAUUUCUCAGCUUUGGCAGCCGCUUCCACCAGUUCCUAGGGAGUAUUCAGAGGCUGUUGGGUUCGGUUGCGCUGUUUUAAGCGGUUGUCAUCUAUAUUUGUUUGGAGGUAAAGAUCCGCUAAGAGGAUCGAUGAGAAGGGUUAUUUUCUAUAAUGCCAGGACGAAUAAGUGGCACAGAGCACCCGAUAUGCUUAGGAAGCGACAUUUCUUUGGUUGUUGUGUGAUAAACAACUGCUUAUAUGUAGCGGGUGGGGAAUGCGAAGGAAUUCAAAGGACAUUACGGUCAGCUGAAGUUUAUGAUCCGAACAAGAACAGGUGGAGUUUUAUCGCUGAUAUGAGCACGGCAAUGGUGCCUCUUAUCGGUGUGGUUUAUGACAAAAAAUGGUUUCUCAAGGGUCUUGGAUCUCACCAACUAGUCAUGAGUGAAGCUUAUGACCCGGAAACUAAUUCAUGGAACCCUGUUAGUGAUGGGAUGGUUUCUGGUUGGCGAAACCCGUGUACUUCACUAAACGGUCGUCUUUACGGAUUGGAUUGUAGGGACGGUUGCAAACUCAGGGUAUUUGAUGAAUCCGCGGAUUCGUGGAACAAAUUCAUGGACAGUAAAGUUCAUUUAGGAAACUCAAGGUCGCUUGAAGCUGCGGCUCUUGUUCCGUUGAACAAUAAGCUUUGUAUAAUCCGUAACAACAUGAGCAUGAGUCUUGUCGAUGUCUCGAAUCCCGACAAGAACAACCCUCGAAUUUGGGAAAACAUUGCCGUUAAAGGACAGUCUAAGAGCCUUCUCAGUAAUAUAUGGUCGAGUAUCGCAGGAAGAGCUUUGAAAAGCCAUAUUGUCCAUUGCCAAGUGCUUCAAGCUUAA